AGAAAUGAAUCAGCAAAUGAUUAUAACAGAAGCUGAAGAUGUCAACUGCCUUCCCUGAUGGGAAGGGGAACUAUACCCUGUGGAAUUCCAGAUUGCAGAAGAUUUACAGAGAUGCAGUGCUGGUGUUGGUCGUGGUUGUCAUUCUUAUCCUCCUGAUGAUGGUACAGUUACUGCUGUUCCCCUACAAUCACCAAAUGGACAAGAAGAUCAGCGUUCCCUUUGAGAUCAGAAAAGCUGCAGCUGAUGUAGAAUUGGGCUGGUCAGACUCAUGCAGUCUUGUCCUCGUUGAGAGUAUUCCAGAGGGGAUGCAUUUUGGGCCUAACUCCACUGUGAACCCAUCUAUUUUUGAUGGGUGGAUGAAGUUGUUGAGGGAGGCAGAGAAAAGCAUUGAGAUCAGCUCCUUCUACUGGACCAUGCAAAACAGAGACACGCACACAUUGGAACCUUCUGCCAACCAGGUACAGUCUGGGGAAAUAUUCAACAUUCGUCAGAUUUGUACUAAAAUAGUUCAGAAGAGUUUCACUCGCCUGAUUCCUUAG